CGAACAGCGACGUGCGGACGUUUGUCUAUGGAACAGUCGCUCGCGGCACGACUAGCUCGUAUUGAAUUUGUGACAAACUAUUUCAUGUGUAGUGAAAUAAGAGAAAUUAUUACAUUUCUCGCAUGAGAGUGAAUAAAAUAACCGUUUGAACAUGGCGUUGGAGGGUGUUAAAAGUGAAAAAAGUGAGGAAAACAACGGGAACGUCCCGGACGGCAAGGCGAACGGGGUCGACAACAAAAGUAAACAGAUAGACCCGAACACAGCGUUCCUGCGAGCGGCGCGCGCCGGACAACUCGAGAUCGUCGUCGACCUCCUCGACUCGGGGGCCGUCAGAGACAUCAAUACUAGCAAUUCGAAUGGCUUGAAUGCACUUCAUUUGGCAGCUAAAGAUGGCCAUAUCGCAGUCGUCGAAGAGCUCCUCAAACGAGGAGCCAUCGUGGACGCAGCGACAAAGAAAGGCAACACAGCCCUACACAUAGCAUGUCUAGCGGGUCAGGAGCCGGUAGCGCGGGCGCUGCUUGGCGCUGGCGCCAAAGCAGAUGCCCAGUCUGCUGCCGGCUUCACACCUUUGUACAUGGCAGCUCAGGAGAACCACGCUGGCUGUGUGAAGAUGCUGCUAGCUGCUGGCGCUAGUCAGACUCUAGCCACUGAGGAUGGCUUCACCCCCUUAGCUGUGGCCAUGCAGCAGGGGCACGACCGCGUGGUAGCCGAACUACUCGAAUCAGACACCAGAGGCAAAGUGCGUUUGCCCGCCCUGCACAUUGCUGCUAAGAAGAACGAUGUCAAGGCUGCUACAUUAUUGCUAGAAAACGAACAUAACCCCGACGCCUGUUCCAAGUCCGGAUUCACACCGCUACACAUUGCCGCGCACUAUGGAAACGUCGGUGUGGCCAAGGCUUUACUCGCCGCCGGCGCCGACUCAGGCAGAGCCGCUAAACAUAAUAUUACACCACUGCAUGUUGCCAGCAAGUGGGGACAGCUUGCCAUGGUCGAUCUACUUGUAGAAAAUGGUGCAAACAUAGCCGCUGUUACGAGAGACGGCCUUACACCGUUGCACUGCGCCGCGCGCUCCGGACACAGCAAUGUCGUGUCGCGACUGUUACAACACGGCGCCCCCAUCACGAGCAAAACUAAGAACGGGCUAACGCCUCUCCACAUGUCCGUCCAGGGCGAACACGUGGAGACGGCGAAGGUCCUCCUCACAGAGGGCGCGCCCAUCGAUGACGUCACCGUAGACUACCUGACGGCUUUACACGUCGCCGCUCACUGUGGACACGUCAAAGUAGCCAAGCUGCUUCUCGACAGAAACGCAGACGCCAACGCCAGAGCAUUGAACGGCUUCACUCCGCUACACAUCGCCUGCAAGAAGAACAGGCUCAAGGUCGUUGAGCUGCUGCUCAAAUAUGGCGCCAGCAAAUCGGCGACCACAGAAUCCGGCCUAACUCCCCUCCACGUGGCCUCGUUCAUGGGCUGCAUGAACAUCGCCUUAGUGCUGGUCGGAGCGGGCGCGGAAGCGGACGCCUGUACCGCGCGCGGAGAAACGCCAUUACACCUAGCGGCUAGGGCGCACCAGACGGAUCUGGUGCGCGUGCUGCUGCGGAACAACGCUAAGGUGGAAGCGCGAGCGCGCGAAGAGCAGACGCCGCUGCAUGUGGCGGCGCGGCUCGGGCACGGCGACAUCGCGUCGCUGCUGCUGCAGCACGGCGCCGACGUCGCCGCCGCCACCAAGGACCGCUACACGCCGCUGCACAUCGCCGCUAAAGAGGGCAAAGAAGAAGUCGCCUCGAUUCUCCUAGACAACAACGCGCCAAUAGAAGCCGAGACCCGCAAAGGUUUCACACCCCUGCACCUCGCGGCGAAGUAUGGCGACAUUGGCGUCGCGCGACUCCUGCUCGCCAGGGGCGCUCAACCUGACGCGCCGGGCAAAAGUCAUAUCACACCGCUGCAUAUGGCUACGUAUUAUGGACAUCCGGAUAUCGCGUUGCUCUUGUUGGAUAAAGGCGCCUCACCGCACUCACUCGCGAAGAAUGGCCACUCGGCGCUCCACAUCGCGUGUCGGCACAACCAUCCGGACAUCGCGUUCGCGCUGCUCGAACAUGACGCGGACCCGAGCGUGAAGUCUAAAGCCGGGUUCACACCAUUACACAUGGCAGCUCAAGAGGGGCAUGAAGAUUGUGUGGAGAUGCUCAUCGAAAGGGGGGCUGAUGUCAACGUACCGGCUAACAAUGGUCUAACUCCAGUUCAUUUAGCCGCUUCCGAAGGCCGGACAGCGGUCCUAAAAGCCCUACUAGCAGCUGGAGGUCAGUGCGGCGCGCGCACUCGAGACGGCUACACGCCGCUGCACGCGGCCGCUCAUCACGGGCACCACGCGGCUGCCAGAGCGCUGGUCGAAGCGGGGGCUGACGUCACAGCGAGGGCGCAACAUGGGUUCACGCCCCUGCACCAAGCGUCACAGCAAGGACACACGCUCAUCAUCCAGCUACUGCUCAAGAGUAAUGCUGAUCCUAACGCGCUAUCUGCUAACGGACAGACGGCAUGCGCUAUCGCCGACCGCCUUGGCUACAUCAGCGCUGUGGAGGCUCUGCGGCCUGUCACGGAGAACACUCUUAGUCAAGCCGUCGGAGAUACUGGUGGCUUGGAGGGCAAAUACAGAGUGGCGGCGCCAGAACUCAUGCAGGACACCUUCAUGAGCGAUUCCGAGGACGAAGGAGGAGAAGUGGAGUGUCCAAUCCAGCAGCAGCAGCAAUACCGCUACAUGAACAGCGAAGCCGGCACCCUCCACCGGGCGAGGCCCCUGGAGGACUCGGUCACAGACGGGCACCUCUACCCUAGCAACAAUGACAAGAAGGUCGCCACCAUCGACCGUCAACCACUCGACAUUGGAUUCCUGGUGUCAUUUGUGGUGGACGCGCGCGGUGGAGCCAUGAAAGCCAAGCGGCGCGGUGGCGUGCGCAUCGUCGUCCCGCCCGCUGCUUGCGCGGCCCCAACCAGAGUGACAUGCCGAGCUGCUACGCGACGCGCACCGGCCGCGGCGCCUCCGCCUCUGAUGGAGGGUGAAGCGCUGGCGUCCAGGCUGCUGGAGUUACAACCACAGGGCGCCAAGUUCUUGGCGCCAGUAAUAAUUGAGGUGCCUAUCUUCACAUCGUCGUGCAAAGAGCGAGAGAUCGUCAUCCUGCGGUCGGACACUGGCGACACGUGGCAGGACCACUAUCUGCACAACAAUGACAACCCUAUGAUACAGGAAGCGUUACACCGCGAGCGACUUGAGCACGGCACGUCUGGCGAAACGCUCGGCGAAAAUGGCGAACGAGUCACCAGAAUAAUCACCUGCGACUUUCCUCACUACUUGGCUGUGGUGUCUCGCGUGCGACAAGAAGUUCACAUUAUCGGGCCAGAGGGCGGCACUGUGUCCAGCUCGCAUAUUCCACAGGUCCAAGCGCUGUUCCCACCGCAAGCGCUCACAAAACGCAUCCGCGUCGGCGUGCAAGCGCACGGCGCACCGGCUGCGUUACGCAAACGCGCAUUACCUCGACAUGUUGCUGUCGCGCCAGUUAUUACCGUGGAACCGCGGAGAAGGAAGUUCCAUCGGUCUAUAACGUUGACAUCACCGCUGCCCAAGACAGAGAAUGGACCACACGACAAGCAAUCCACCUCAACCCUCCGGCUGCUAUGUUCCAUCAUGGGUGGCAGGCGCGCGCUGUGUGGGAAGACGUCACUGGUUCAACCCCUCUAACGGUCACUGAUGACUGCGGGUCUUUCACUACCACCGUCUCUGCCAGAUUCUGGUUGAUGAACUGUCAAAUGUCAGCGAUGCCACCAAGCUAGCAACAGAACUUUACAAAGAGAUGUUGCUGGUGCCUUUCGAAGUCCGUAUCGUGGUCCUGGGAAAGAGGUUGGAUGCCCUGGAAGGCAGGCUACUGGUUCUGUA